ACCAAACCUCCUGUGGACUUGAAAUUUGUCGUUAUUGGUGUAUAUAUACAGUUGUCUUUCAUUAUCAUUAUUAUAACUUCGACCAUUCCACUUGGUGUUCUGGGACGUACUAUAGGGGCUGACUCCCCUCCUUCUGGUCUUUUCUACCUCACCUGUGUUAGGCGUGAGGAGCUUGUGUUCAUUCCCUCUGCUGGAGGAAGGGGAAUUCUAACCAAGGGGAGCGUGGAUUUCUUAUUUCUUCUUUUCGGAUUUUAGUGUCUUCAAACCAAACUCUAAAAGGAUUACCAAUACGGGGAUUUGGUUAAUAUUUUAAAGGACUACGGUGACACGAAUCGCGUGUACACCACCACCAUUUUCACAAUGGAUAUCGCUUUCUCAAAAUCAACGGAAGAUGUGUGUAAAUUCUUCGGCGUCGAUGAUCAAGUAGGAUUAUCCGACGAGCAAAUUCGCAAGAACACAGAGAAAUAUGGACCAAACGAGUUGCCAGCAGAAGAAGGCAAACCUCUAUGGGAACUUAUAUUGGAACAGUUCGAUGAUCUUCUAGUUAAAAUUUUACUUCUUGCUGCUAUUAUUUCUUUUGAACGGAACGCCGAGAGUGCCAUCGAGGCCCUGAAGGAGUAUGAGCCCGAGAUCGCCAAGGUGGUGCGCGCCAGCGCCAAGGGCAUCCAGAAGAUCAGGGCCAGCCAGCUCGUCCCUGGAGACAUAGUUGAAGUGUCCAGUCAUCUGUGUGGCUGUGUGGGCCAUCAACAUUGGCCACUUCAAUGACCCCGCCCACGGUGGCUCCUGGAUCAAGGUACUCGCAGAAUGGCCAAGAAGAACGCCAUUGUGAGAAGCUUGCCCUCCGUGGAGACCCUGGGCUGCACCUCCGUCAUCUGCUCCGACAAGACAGGAACCCUCACCACCAACCAGAUGUCUGUCUGCAAGAUGUUCAUCUUCAACCAAGUUGAGGCUAACACCAUCAAGACCCAGCAGUUUGACAUCACCGGCUCCACCUACGCCCCCGAGGGAGAACUGUUGAUCAACAACAAAGUGGUCAAGUCCGGCGACUAUCCUGGCCUGGAGGAACUGAACACCAUCUGUGCCAUGUGCAACGACUCCAGCGUUGACUACAAUGACGCCAAGGACAUGUACGAGAAGGUCGGAGAGGCCACAGAGACGGCCCUCACCGUCCUGGUGGAGAAGCUCAACUUCUACAACACAGACAAGUCCAUCCUGAACAAGCGCGAGAAGGGCACCGUGUGCAACCACGUCAUCCAGGACAUGUGGCGCAAGGAGUUCACCCUCGAGUUCUCCCGUGACCGCAAGUCCAUGUCCGUCUACUGCGUCCCCAACAAGCCCACAAGGGCUCCCGGCACCGCUCGCAUGUUUGCCAAGGGUGCGCCUGAAGGACUGCUGGAUCGUUGCACCCACGUGCGUGUGGGCCAGAACAAGGUGCCCAUGUCACCCGCCAUCAAGAACGAGAUCAUCAAGCACACCAAGAGCUAUGGAACUGGACGUGACACCCUGCGUUGCUUGGCCUUGGCUACCAUCGACAACCCACCCCGCCGUGAGGAAAUGGAUCUGGAAGAUUCCAGAAAGUUCAUUCAGUAUGAGACCAACAUGACAUUUGUCGGUGUUGUGGGUAUGUUGGACCCCCCUCGUGAGGAGGUGAAGACUUCCAUCAAGGAGUGCCGUGAUGCUGGCAUCAGGGUCAUCGUCAUCACUGGAGACAACAAGGCCACCGCCGAAGCCAUCUGCCGCAGAAUCGGAGUUUUCGGAGAGAACGAAGUCACUGAGGGAAUUUCCUUCACUGGCCGAGAGUUUGAUGAACUGAGCGCUGAGGACCAGAGGGCCGCCGUUAUGCGCGCUCGCCUGUUCGCCCGUGUGGAGCCCGCUCACAAGAGUAAGAUCGUGGAGUACCUGCAGGCUGAGGGAGAGAUCUCUGCUAUGACUGGUGACGGUGUGAACGACGCCCCCGCCCUGAAGAAGGCUGAGAUCGGUAUUGCCAUGGGAUCUGGAACUGCUGUCGCCAAGAGUGCCUCCGAGAUGGUGUUGGCUGACGACAACUUCUCCACCAUCGUUUCGGCUGUGGAGGAAGGCCGUGCCAUCUACAACAACAUGAAGCAGUUCAUCCGUUACCUCAUCUCCUCCAACAUUGGUGAAGUCGUGUGUAUUUUCCUGACGGCUGCCCUGGGCAUCCCCGAGGCUCUGAUCCCCGUCCAGCUGCUGUGGGUGAACCUGGUCACUGACGGUAUGCCCGCCACCGCUCUCGGCUUCAACCCUCCCGAUCUGGACAUCAUGAAGAAGCCACCCCGAUCUCCCAAAGAGGGCCUCAUCACUGGAUGGCUCUUCUUCAGAUACAUGGCCAUUGGAGUGUACGUGGGCUGCGCCACUGUGGGAGCCGCUGCCUGGUGGUUCAUGCUCUACGACAAGGGACCCAGGCUCAACUACUACCAGCUGACCCAUCACAUGCAGUGCCCGGCCGAGCCGAGGAUGUUCAAGGGAGUGGACUGCAACGUGUUCCAGGCUCCCGAGCCUAUGACCAUGGCUCUGUCUGUCCUGGUCACCAUUGAGAUGCUCAAUGCUCUCAACAGCUUGAGCGAGAACCAGUCCCUGAUUGUGAUGCCCCCAUGGACAAACAAGUGGUUGAUCGGCGCCAUCAGUCUUUCUAUGUUCCUGCACUUUAUUAUCCUCUACGUCGACGUCAUGUCUGUGAUCUUCCAAAUCACCCCUCUGAACCUUGAGGAAUGGGUGGCGGUGAUGAAGAUAUCCAUCCCGGUCAUUCUACUGGACGAGACUCUCAAGUUUGUGGCCAGAAAGUUCGCUGACGCGGAGACCGUGGAGACCAUCAGGAGAUGGUAGACCCCAGAGCUAGCCCCCCAGGCUCUCCUCCUAGUUAGGCGCCUCGUUAGUCUCUCGGGAGUCCAGCCCCCUCCCCCUCAGAAUGUGGAAGAAGUUCGUUGUGCCCUCCCGUCGUUUACCCUUGUUUCCAUGUUGUGGACUUUUUAUGUGUGUCGUUUCCGGAACACCAGAACACGUCAGUGGCUUGCUCUGGCUGUGGUUGAUGUUUUGAGAAAAUAUUAUUAAUUAUUAUCUAAAAACCUGCAUUUCAAAAUAGAGUGUUCUCUGGUGGAAAUCAAAAACCCAAAUUCUUGAAGAAAGAAAACAUAUUGAACAGUGGAAGAAAAUACACUUCUAUGCUUGCACAAUGUUCUUUUCAGUAAUUGUGAUCAAAGACGACGACAGCAACACUAUAGAACGUGACAAAAAAGACUCGAAUGUUGUUCAUCGCACUGAGGUUUAUUUUAUCAAAGCUGUUGGUUAUUCGAACCCAUAAGUAAGGGAGGGAGCAGUGGAAAAAACAGGAAGAGUCGUGGAAAGAAUGAAAACGACUUAAUAAAUCACAGCCAUUAACAAGAGCAGACAGAGCAAGUCGUAACUGUGCAUCUGGCCGUGGAGUGAUUGAACCUACACUCCUACGUGCAGUGUGCUCCCUACAUGAUAAUGUGAUGACGUGAUGAACACUCUGUUGAUAUUCUCCUUGUUGAAGAAUGCAGGUCUUGAAGUAUGCAGAAAUCAGAAAUUUUACAGUAUACCUGUAGUAUUUUGUUGUUUUAGAGGUUUUUUCCUACCUGCAAUGGAUUGGUGUUGUUAGUAGAUAAUUUUUUUGAAUUACAAUUUUUUCAAAUAUUUUUUUGUGAAACCUUGAAAGUUUCCUAUGGUUACUUUUUUCUCAUGUUCUGAUCCAUUUCCCCUACCCCCUCCCUUGUUUCCCAUUCCCAGUCCUGUCUCCCCACCACCCCCAACCCCCUCUCCCCCUCGGAGUAGGACUAGAUGUAGCAAAGAGCUGGGUUUGUCCCAGUUUUGUAUGUCUCUCCCAUAUAAACUCCCUUAGGCAGCAUUGACUGGGAUGCUGGAAGAGUGAUACGGCCCUGCUUAGUUGUCACAUUUCUUCUGGGUUUGGAUUCUUUCGUUUUUGUAAUUAUAUAAUAAGGCAAAGCCAUGAUUUGAUCGUUAAUUUUCUUUUUUUCAAAUAGAGUGUAGACAGCUUUCAAGUGUUUACUUCUUUUUUUUUAGUGUUGUUUUUUUGUUGUUGUGUUGUUUAGCCAGUUUGAUGAAGAAUUCUGAGAAAGAGAAGAAGAGAAGCCGUGCUGGCCAGCCGCGGAGGUUCUGUUGAUUGAUGUGGCUGUGUCGUGGUCCCUCUUAGUUCCAGUGUACGGUCAUAGAUCUAGCUGUUUUUAUAUCCUCGCUGAAGUUGAGAGAAGUUUUAGUGUAGUGAUAUAUUACUAUUGUUUGGAUUCGCUCAUGCCAGCCUCUGCACCAGUUGUUGGCGAGUGGGUAGAUUAGAGAUUUGUAACAGGCUUUUUAAAUUUAAAUUUUAUUUUUUUUAAAUAUAAGCUAUUUUGGGUUUGGUAGUCAAGAAUGGGGGAGAAAAGAUGCAUUACAAAGACUUACGGACAAAGGUUGCCAUAAUGGUGAAAUAGUAAAUUUGUUAGUUGUGGAAGCAUCAAGUGGAUAGUGGGGGGGAUCUGUGGGAACUUGUGGAGAGAGAGAGAGAGAGAGAGACAGACAGACAGAUGAUCUUUCCUACUUUGGCUCUGGUCAUCUCUGCUGCAGUCCCCCCUGAUGACCGCCUCCUCUCCUCCCCCCCGGGGCCUUUGUGCCAUGUGGGCGGUGGGUUCAUCACAUGACCUCAGGAAUGCUGAUUAAACCAACAUCUGCAAUAUCUGAGAGGGCAAAAACACACCAAAUUAUGAUAUUGAAGAAAACUGCCUUGAAAAAAGUUUGUUAACAUGAUUCUAUAUUUUACACAUUUUUUUUCUAAGUAUUCAGAUGUUGUUGGGUUUUUUAAUUAAAAAUUUUUUUCUCCAUGUCAACACCAUGUAAUAUUGCAUUUUUUUUAUCAUUGAAGAUGAUACAGGUCAGACUUGUACAUAGAAUAAUAUGUGAAGUAUUUUUCCCCUGGAAACAUUUUUUUUCUCUUACUUUUCUUUGAAAGUCAUCCAUGUUAUUUAUUAAAACCGAUGUGCAAAGCUCAUCCCGUUCAUUGUCCUGUUUCUCAUGGGAAAAGUGAAGAGACGUUGUGCUGACGAGCCAGUGAAAGUGAGACGCUGUAUUUUGUUAGGGCAAGAAUGACUCUGGAAUAUCUGCGCUUCGAAAUGCUGAGUGCUUCGCAGAUUUUGGAAAAAGCUAUUGUUGACACCAAGACACAAAGAGGUUUUCGAGGAUAUACAUGCUCUCCAAAAGUCAAUAAAAAGUUUGAAGAUUGAUUUUAUUAUGGGUCCUCAAUUGGAGAAUCAAUGCUGUCUGAUAACAACUUUUUUUUUCAUGAAGCGAAACAGUCAGUGGUAAUCUGUGAUUUGGAUGAAAGGGAAAGCCAAAACACGACUUCUACUUCUAGCGCUCUUUGCAAGUUCCGGCAGAGAUGAGUAGCAACAAAAGCACAAACGAUAAAAGACUUCCCUAGAGGGGAAAAGAGGAAAGUUUGAUGUGCUUGUGUCUGUGGUAGUAAGUGCUGGGUACAACUGAGUCGAAGCGACGUGAUGUGAGCGUGUGCAUAUCUGCGUAGUAGCAAAUUAGUCUGGCGUGUUUGGGCAUCUGUGUAUUGGCGUAUAUAUUCAUCUGUACUUUUUUUUUUGGUUUUUUUUUUAAGGAAGAAAAUUUGCAAAGUCUACCCUUGUUACCUUUCUGAUUAUAUUCUCUUACCACGUACACCAUCAAUGUAUUGUUUUCUCCGUUCCAUCCUAAAUCUAUUAAAUCAAUCUAUUUUUUCCCUGGGUGUGUUUGUCCUCAACUUAAAAUCCAAAACCUAUCUGCAGGUUGAUUUGUGUGAUUACUUUUUUUUUUCAAUGUACAGUCUUAAAAUUAGAGAUGUGUUUAUACUAGUGAUUUUAACAUGUUGUUUCAAAAUUAAAUCUAGUACAGUUCA